AGUGUUGGCCGGAAGUGUUAUGGAGCGAAAGAAGAAAGAAGAGGAGGCCAAAUGGGAGAAUCCCGACGCUGACAUCUUCGCCGCACAUUUUCCCCUCAUCGAGCGUGCAAAUGUCAGCGGGGACGCAAAAAGACGACGUUUGAUUUUUCUAGUUUUCAUUUUUGUCUUCUUGUAUUUUGGGGGGUGUAUUUAUUUAUAUAUAUAAAUAUAUAUAUAUAGAUUUUCAUAUUUGCUCUUUUGUCCUUGUUGUUGUUUUGUGUGAUGGCCGACGGCGUCCUCAGCAUCAGGACCAGCUCGGGAGGGCCGGAACCGCUCGGACGAGCGACGCUCCAGCCGCACACCUAACCACAUCAGUAAUAUUUGCCUUCAUUAUUAGUAGGAAAAGGAUUAGCAUCAUUGCAGGACAUCAUUUACGUUUAUUUCACACAUAUUUCCCAUCCAUCCAUUUUCUCUAACGCUUAUCUGGAGCACAGUUGACUCCGAGCUAUGGAAAACACUUUGAGCAUUUAUUCCAUAUCCUACUAGUGCACUGAAUUGUCCAUACUAGUAUGCUCUUUGUCCUCACUUGUGAGAUCAUUCAGUGCACUUGCCAAAUGACUGUUUAAUCCACCAUCUCUGCGCAUUAGAAGGGCAACUAGGACAAAGUAGAUGAAGGUGCACGAGAAGAAUGACAAGGGCGCACUAGUAGAACAACCAGGUUACUAGUGAGGCAAAUCUCUACAGUAGUUGAUGCAAUUGAGGUUCAAUCAAUCAAUCAAUCAAUCAAUCAAUCAAUCACAUGACUGUGCGCCGAGGCUAACGAAAUCGUCAUCGUUAGCCUGAAGCUAAUGCUAACGUUUGCGGCUUUAAGCGAAGCGGGCAAAGUGAAACGCGGGAGCGGCCACGGUGGAAACGGGAUCGGCGACCAGUCAAGCAUUUGUCCACGUGCGCUGGCGACCAUUCCAUCGUUUGCCCAUAUGCGCCCCAAACCCGUUUGUCCGUUGCUCUCUUUUCUAGCGAAGCCGCCUUGACCUUCGCUGACCUUUGACCUUCCCAUCACCCGCCGCCCAAACGCUCGGCGCCAUGACGUGAGCGGUGGCGCCGACGUCAAAUCGCUAACGGGAUGUCGCAGCCGGCGGCGGCGGCGAACGCGGCCGCCGAGAAGGCCCGGGCGGAGCUCAACGAGAACCCCGACACGCUGCACCGCGACAUCCAGCGGGUGCGAGACAUGAUCGUGACGCGACCGGACGUGGGCUUCCUGCGAACGGACGACGACUUCGUCCUGCGCUUCCUGCGGGCGCGCAAGUUCGACCCGGUGGAAACCUUCCGCCUGCUGGCGCAGUACUUCCACUUUCGCCAGCAGAACCUGCACAUGUUCCGCAGCUUUAAGGUGCGGACACGCACGCGAAUCGCGCGGCCGCUCGUUAACAGGACGCGUGUGCGCCAGGUGGACGAGCCGGGCAUCAAGCGGGCGUUGACGGACGGCUUCCCGGGCGUUCUGGAGACUCCGGACCAACACGGUCGCAAGAUCCUCAUCCUGUUCGCCUCCAACUGGGAUCAGAACAGGAACUCGUUCACGGACAUCCUGCGGGCCAUCUUGCUGUCGCUGGAGGUUCUGAUCGAGAAGCCCGAGCUGCAGAUCAACGGCUUCGUGCUCAUCAUCGACUGGAGCGACUUCUCCUUCAAGCGGGCCUCCGAGCUCACGCCCAACGUCCUCAAGCUGGCCAUCGAGGGCCUGCAGGACAGUUUCCCAGCGCGCUUCGGCGGCAUCCACUUCGUCAACCAGCCGUGGUACAUCCGCGCCAUGUUCACCAUCAUCAAGCCCUUCCUCAAGGACAAGACCAGGAAGCGGAUCUUUCUUCACGGCAACAACCUGAACUCGCUCCACCAGCUCAUCCGGCCCGACUGUCUGCCGUCCGAGUUCGGCGGCACGCUGCCGCCGUACGACACGGGCACGUGGGCGCGCGCCCUGCUGGGCCCCGACUACACGGACGAGACCGAGUACACCCUCACCUACGACGCGCUGCGCGUCCGACAGAACGGCGGCGGCCAGGAGCUCAUGAAAAGGUCUCAGUCGGUCGCCAACCCUGCCACGCUGCGACAGACGGACCGCGAGAGCAGCGCCCCGCUCCUGACCCUGGACUGAACACACACACACACACACACACACACACUUGCUGGAUUUUCACUUGUGUUGUUUCGUCCCGUCCAGCUGAACUUUGACUCGUACUUCCUGUUUCUGAGCCCGAACGUGUGUGUGUGCGUGUGCAGCCUCAGCAGCGCGCACACACACUCGACCGUGUUUGUGUGUCCCUGCGCAGGAAUGUAGAAAAGGUUCUCACGACUUUAGUGAAUGUUUGCUCACCAUCAUCACCAUCAUCUUCAUCCUGCUGCCGGGUGACCUUUCUUGGUUAAUUUUGGGCGAUUCUCGUCGAGCGUUUCCCAACCUUUGCCGAGCCGAGGCCCAAAUCUGACUUUGAUUUUCCCGGCAAAGGCGUUCAAAUGUUGUUCGUCAGCGCGGAAUGCGGGCCUCUUGAAUUGAAAGAGGAGGUUUUCCUCCUCUUUUAUUAUCGGCAACAGGCGGCGAGACAAAAUCAUUCGACCUUCCGCCAUCUCGUGGAAAGGCAUUUCAUUGCUCGGCCUGUUAGCAAAUGUCGCUGGCAUGGAACAAAGAUACGUUAUUUGUAGUACAGUGAAAUAUUCAUCUUAUUCAGAGUUUGGCAUUCCUAAAUUCAGCCAUUCAACAGAGUAUUAUUUUGUAUUUUUUGGGAACCUCUCCCCCGUUAUUCAUGGCAACGGCCGCUUAUUAUUCGCGUUUGAGUCAUUACUGUUAUUAUUUUUUAAAUGCAAUCCCCUGCCUAUUUGCUUUUCCCCCACGAAUAGCCAUCUUGUGGAAUCUUGGUGUCAAGCGACUAUGUUGAAGUGUGUUAAGGAGCUUCAUCGAGACAAAAGUAGUGCGAUGCUGCAAUCUUGUGGAAUUAUUGGUCAGCGAUUAGGAACCUUUUUAGCAGGGCGUCAAUUGUGGAUUUUUUGCUAUUUGACUCACGGGGUCCACUGUAAAAAAAAGAAUAGUUUUCGGCACAAUUACGUAAAAUUGGGAUCAUUUCUUUCGGUCUUUUCUUGAUCUCUGAAAUCUGUUUAGUUCGACACAAAGCUGACACGUUCGCAAGAAGCCCAAAAUAAUCAAACCUUAUCGUCACUGACUUGUUUGUUCGAUAUUUAUUACGAAAGGUCCAGCUGCAAACGUUGAUCUGACACGUUGUAAUGAUGCGACGGCAAGGACAUCAUCGAGUAGUGUUCCGAAAAAUGUCCACUAUAUAAAAAAAUCCUCGAUCGUGAUGAGGGGGUAUUCGAUGAAUCGUUUCAGCCCUAAAGUCAACUAUAUAGUCCACUCUAUCAAAAUAAGUUGGAAGUAUGUCGCGAUUCGGGAAUGAGUGAACGAUUCCGAACGCAGGCUUCCCUCAUUCCCGACUCGCUCUUCACUACGGAGGAUCAACAUUUUGGGAACGAUCUCGGUCCACUGGGAAGGAAUCACGAGACGGGUUGAAAGUUUUCAUUGAAAUGACACUAAUAUGCUUGGGAAUCACUUCCAGUUGAUUAUCACGGGCAAUGCGGCCAUGUCAAGCCCCCCCAAAAAGAAAAGAACAAGAAAACCGGAGCUACUAGUUGAAGCGUUCACAAGGUGUCACACGAUUGUCGUCGUCGAUGAAACUCGCUGAAUUGUCACCACAAUCGUCGCUCAGUUUACCGCCAAAUACGAGCGAAGAGCCUUUUUUUUUGCCGAGUAUUCACAGCUUUCCAAUCAAGCAAGCGCCGCUUUGGCUGGGAACAACAUCAGUAGACGCAUGUCAGUUACGGGGGGGGGGAGGAGUGCCGCGUUUCAUUCUCGACAAGUAUCGUGCCGUCAACACACACCAAAUGCCAAAGUGUCACUGAAGAGAAAGACUCUUUUUAUUGAACUCGUUACAAGAUUGUAUAGCGGAUGUCAUCGUGCGCUGCAAAAACGGCGGACGACGUUUUUGUCUCACAUGGAAAAGGUCGCAGAUGUGAAGACGAAAACGUCGUCCUGGCCUCCCGCAGGGCGCUCGGGGGACAUCGGGGCUACACGCAUCUCUUUUCAUGUAUUUACUGCAGAAUGUAAACUAGUAAACAUUUACACCUCCACGUGUGCUGCUUUCAACUCGGGGGGGGGGGGGGGUCAUCAAUUUACAAUUACAUGCGACGGGAUGACAAUUGAUGAACAGAAUGUAUGUCAACGGAAUCCAUGACACGACUGGGAGAAAAUGUGUCAUUGAAUUGCUGUUGCUUUUGGUAAUUUCCAUGAUUAGAAUUUUAGUUACAUUUGAAAAAUAGCUGCAAAAGCUCAGUUUUUUUUGUUUUUUUUGUUUUCCAUCUCACUUCCUCCUUCUCAAGCUGAUGCAUGUGAUUGGCUCUCUCUGGUCAUGUGCCAUUCUUCCGUAGUCUCAAACAUGACAUUUUUCCAUUUCAUAUUUCAAAUAAAUACAUUUAACAAUGACUUAAAAGACAUCCAUAAAUAAAUAAAACAUUCGUUAAUUAAAAUGUAUUUUUCACACAUUUCAGAUAAAAAACAACUGCUAGAUUGAAUGCAAAUGCUCGGUGGGCCGAAUAUAAAGAACGGAUGGGCCCCUGGGGCUCCCCGGGCCAGACUUUGCCCACCCCUUGGCUGGAGAGUCAACCGCAAAGAUAAAACAACAACAAACGUGCACCACUGUUUUCUGGGGUUAUUUUUAAUAAAAAUAGAGUCUCUUACAACAUCUGACGUUUGCAGUAAUUGUACAAAAGAGAAGGGAAAAAGUGAGCUAGUGGGAAAACACCGGAUGAAAAAGUCACGUCCAAGUUGAGGUUUUGCUCAAAUAAACUCGACAAACAUUGAAUACCACAGUCGGUCCGACGUGCGCGCGGUCGAGUCAGUAGUAGAAGUCAGCAGCAGGUCGGGAGGUCGCGCUCUAGAUGGCGCUGAGCGUCUGCCUCUGGUACGCCGUCAGCUGCGGGUGCCACACGUCCACGAUGAAGAUGAGGCGCAACGUGUCGGCGUCCUGCCAAACUUCGUGCUCGAAAGAGUCGUCGAAGAUCAACACUUUGCCCUCCUCCCACUCCCUGGCGGGACCACCGACACCAAGGACACACACGGUCUUUUCGGCCUUUCAACUUGAUUUUGCGAUCAACGUACUGUAUUCGGUCACGCGUGUACGGACCGAGAUUUGAAGUCGCGGUAUUAUCGAUCAAUGAACGUCUCGUUGCGCUGGGAGGAUUGUCCCGGGUCUUAAGAGAGAAUAACCCAAAACUAAACUAAUCCAAUGACACUUAAUGUAAGCUUCAUCAAUUUGCACUUGUUUCAAGCUGAUUCCGACUUGAAACAAGUUGCCACUUUUUUUUGUCUUUUCUUACUCCGCUGGCAAUGUGACUGUUUACACGACGAGUCUUAUUUGAACGAGUUUUGACUCGAAAUCAGACAAAUAUUCUUUUUGCGGCAGACGACGCGCACGUGCGGACAAACGAGAUCAAAGAUGA